AAAAAAAGUGUUGGAUUUUAUUAAAUGUUUUUUCUGCAUUGAUUGAGAUCAUCAUACGGAUUUUUCCCCUUUAUUCUGUUAAUGUGAUAUAUUUGCCUUGAUGGGUUUUAAAUCUUGAACCAUUCUUGCAUUCUAGGAAUAAAUCCCAGUUGGUCCUUUUGCUGUGUGGUUGAAUUCAGUUUGCUGCUAUUUGUUGAGGAUUUUUGCAUCACUAUUCAUAAGGAAUGCUGGUCUGUAUUUUCUUGUAGUGUCUUUGUCUUGUAGUGGCUUUGGUAUUAGGGUAAUGCUGGCCUUAUUGAAUGAGUUAAAACGUUCCUUUUCUUCAAUUCGGGGGAAGAUUUUGGGAUUCUUCUUAAAAUGUUUGGUAAAAUUAGUAGUGACCAGAUCACUAGUCAUUUGGUCCAGGAGUUUUCAUUCUUGGGAGAUUUUUGAUUACUGAUUCAAUCUCCUUACUACUUAUAGGUCUUCAGAUUUUCUAUUUCUUCAUAAUUCAUCUUGGUAGGUUGUGUUUCUAGGAAUUUAUUGAUUUCAUGUAGGUUAUCCAAUUAUUGGUGUACAGUUGAACAUAAAACUCUUAUAAUCAUUUUCAUUCUGUAAAAUCAGUAGUAAUGUUCCCUUAAUUUCUGAUUUUAGUUAUAAUUUAUAUCUUCUCUCUUUAUUCCUUAGUCAGUAUAGCUAAAGGUUCAGUUAAGGUGAUCUUUUCAAAGAACAAGCUCUUGGCUUCAUGGAUUUUUCUGUUUUUCUAUCUUCUGCUUAUCCUGCUUUAAUUUUUAUUGUUUCCUUCCUUCUAGUUUUGUGUUUAAUUUGUUCUUUUUCUAGUUCCUUAAGGUGUAAAGUUAGGUUGUUGGUUUGCAAUCUUUCUUAUAAUGUAAGCAUUUACAGCUAUAAAUUUCCUUCUUGGUACUGCUUUCACUGCAUUCCAAGGUUUGGUAUGUUGUGUUUUCAUUUUCACCUGUCAGAAGGUAUUUUCUGAUUUCCUUUUUGAUUUCUUUUUUAACACAUUAGCUAAAAGUGUGGUGUUCAGUUUUCCAGCUUUCCUUCUUCUAUUGAUUUCUAGUUUCAUUCCACUGUAAUCAGAAAAUAUACUUUGAUUGUGAUCUUUUAAAAUACAUUAAGACAUGUUUUGUAGCUUCUCAUCUUGUCUGUCCUGGAGGAUGUUCCAUGUGCACUUGAGAAGAAUGUGGAUUCUGCUGUUGUUGGGUGGUCUGUAUGUGCCUCUCAGGUCCAGGUGGUCUUUAGUGUUGUUCAAGUUCCCUAUUUCUUUAUUGAUCUUCUGUCUGGUUUUUUUAUCCUUUAUUGAAAGUGGGAUAUUGAAUUCUCCUACUAUUAUUGUACAACUAUUUCUCCUUUCAGUUCUGUUUGUUUCAUAUAUUUAAGAGCUCUGUUGUAUAUGUUUAUAAUUGUUAUGUUAGUGGAGACUUGACCCUUUUAUCAUUGUAUGUUUUUAUUUUUUCUGACAGUUUUUGAUUCAAAGUCUGUUUUGUCUAAUGUUAGUAUAGCCACUUCUACUCUGUUUUGGUUAUUCUUUUCAUGGAAUCUUUUUCAUUCUUUUACUUUCAGUCUGUAUAUGCCCUUAGAUCUAAAGUAAGUCUCUUGUAGAAUGAUACGGUUGGAUCUUGUUUUUUUAUCCAUUCAGCUACUCUAUGUAUCUUGGUUGGAAAGUUUAAUCCAUUUACAUUUAAAGUACUGACAGGGAGGGCUGCCUGGGUGGCUCAGUUGGUUAAGUGUCCAACUUCAGCUCAGGUCAUGAUCUCACGGUCCGUGAGUUUGAGCCCUCUGUCAGGCUCUGUGCCGACAGCUCAGAGCAUGGAGCCCGCUUUGGAUUCUGUGUGUCCCUGUGUCUCUGCCUCUCCCUCCCACAUGCUCUGUCUCUUCUCUCUAAAAACUAAAUAAACAUUUAAAAAAAUUUAAAAAUUAAAGUACUGACAGGGAAGGACUACUUUUGCCAUUUUAUUUUGUGUAGGUCUUAUAGCUUUUUUUGUCCCUCAUUUCCUCCAUUAUUGCUUUCCUUUGGGUGUAAUUGAUUCUUUUCUAAGGACAGUAUUUAUUCCUUUCUCAUUUCCUUUUAUAUAUAUUUUCUAGAUAUUUUCUUGGUGAUUACCACAGAGAUUACAUAUAACAUCCUGAAAUUAUAAGUCUGUUCUAAAAUUUAUCCCAGUUUAGCUUGAAUUACAUAUGUUAACUCUUCUCCUUUAUAUCAUAUAUCUUCCUAAUUUGUUUUUGAUGUCACAGCAUUUGUUUUGCUUUGUUUUACUUUUAUUUAUUUUGAGAUAGAGAGAGUGCAAGUUGGGGAGGGGCAGAGAGAGAGAAUCCCAAGCAGGCUCCACACUGUCAGCACGAAGCCCAAUCAGAGGCCUGAACUCAAAACCUGUGAGAUCAUGACCUGAGCUGAAGUCAGAUGCUUAACCAACUGAGCCACCCACAUACCCCUCAGCAUUUGUUUUUUUUAAUGCUGAAGAAAAUAAAAAGUGGAGUUACAAACCAAAUAUACACUAAUACUGGUUGUUGUGUUUGUCCACGUAUUUAACUUCUUUGGAGAUCUUUAUAUUUUCUUAUGGAUUUCUGUUACUGUUUGGCGUCCUUUCAUGUCAACCUUUAGCAUUUGUUGUAGGGCAGGUCUGCUGGCAAAGAACUCCCUCAGCUUUCAUUUAUCUGGGAAUGCCUUAAUUUCACCUUCAUUUUUGAAGGACAGUUUUACUGAAUAUGAAAUUCUCAGCUGACAGAUUUUUCUUUUAGCAGUUUGAAUAUAUCAUCCCGCUGCUUUCAGAUCUCCAAAAUUUCUGUUGAGAAAUGGGCUGAUAAUCUUAUUAUUUAAGGAUUCUUUGUACAUGAUGAAUUGCUUUUCUCUUGCUGCUUUCAAGAUUCCUUCUUUUAUUUUCUGGCUUUCAGUGGUGUGAUUACAGUGUAUCUCAGCAUGAGUCUCUGGGUUUAUCCUCCUUGGAGUUCAGCCAUUAUUUCUGUCCUUCUCUCUGUGUUUUCUUCCGGGCUCCUGAAAUGUGCCUGUUGGUCCCUUGUGGUGUCCCAUAAAUCCCUUGGGCUCUGUUCACUUUUUUUAUGUCUUUUUUUCUUUUGCUCCUCUGAUUCAAUAAGUUUAAUGUCCAUGUUCAAGUUCACUGGUUCUUCUGCCUGCUCAGAUUUGCUGUUAAACCCCUCUUGUGAAUUUUUCAAUAUAUUUAGCUCCACAGUUUGGUUGCUUUUUAUAAUUUCUAUUUCUUCAUUGAUAUUCCCAUUUUGUUGUCAUAUGUCAUAUUCCAUAUUUCUUUCAGUUCUUGUGUUUCACCAUAUGUUAGACGGUUGUUUUAAGUCUUUAUCUGGUAUAUCCAAUGCCUAUGUUUCUUCAGAGACAGUUUCUGCCACCUUUUGUUCCUUUGAAUGGGCCAAAUUUUCCUGUAUCUUGGUAUGCCUUGUGAUUUCUAUUGUUGAAAAGUGGAGCAUUUAAGAAAAUAGCCACCUCUCUGAGGCUUUGCAGACUGGUUCUGUGCCAUGAAAGAUCUUCACUAAUUAACAGAAUGUGUCUGAGCCUUCGAGUCAGUCCAGGGCAAAGGCUUAAGGUCCUCUCAGGAUUGUUACCUGGGCGUGUGUGUGUAUUAGUUUCAAUUCUCCCGUAUGUCAUGGUUGCUUUUAAAUGUCUUAAUUUCUUAAACGGUUCCGUCCACACUCCUUCUUAGGUGUUCAAUGUUUUCUUGUUUCUUACACACACACACACACACACACACACACACACACACACAAACCUGGCCUCUUGCCCCAAGCAUGUGUGGUUCUGCAGUCACCCCGUGACUUUCAUAAGAAGUACCCAUAACUGCCUUCCACGGUUUUCCCCCAUUGGAGCUCUGAGCUCCAAGUCAGGCAAAACAGAGACCUGUCUCUUGGGCAGCCUGAAGAUAGGUUAGAAUGUUGCUCUGAUCCCUCCAGUUUGAAGGAAGGAGAUAGGUAGACACUGAGCUGCUGCUUCCUUUAGACUGCACUGUGCAGAGAGGGGUGGGGGCAAGGAUGAGUAAACACCACUGAACUUAACGAACAUUCUGAAUGUGAUUUCUUGAUUCGGCAUUUGCUUGUAGAAAUCUAUGGAUCUUUGACUGUUUUUCAGAAUGCCUAUAAAAUAUUACAGCCAGUCCCAAUUUUUUUCUAAUAUUUCUGUGGGGGAGCAAGGGCCUAGAGCUCCCUAUUCUACUGUCUUGCUGAUGUUCCUCUCCUCAUUAAAGGAUUUGAAACAGGGACUCUUUUUAUUUUUUUUUAAUGUUUAUUUUUCAGAGAGAGAGAGAGAACACAUGUACAUGAGAGAGGGACACAGAAGAUCUGAAGCAGGAUUUGUACUGACUGCAGAGAGCCCAAUGUGGGGCUUGAACUCACAAACUGUGAGAUCAUGACCUGAGCCAAAGUCAGAUGCUUAACUGACAGAGCCACCUGGGCACCCCAAAAUAGGGACUCUUGUGUGUCUGGUGACAGUAUGGGAGGUAGACAGGGAUAGAGGUGCAUCCUCCAUCCUUCUAGAUAGGGACCUGUGUUCUCAACUGAGCUGCAGUGGCACAACCAGGAUAAGUUCCUGACCUUGAAGCUCAUGGCGUAGAGGGUGACAUGGACCUUCAGGAAUUAAUCCCACAGAUCCUGGCAUUGUUACAGAUUAUGGGGGUACCAGGCCAGAGGGGGCAGGGAGUACAGAGAGAGCAUAAUGGGGGUGAGGAUCUUUCAAGUUGAGGGUGGUCAGGGAUAGUGGGGACAAUAACAUUUCAGCUGAGGCUUGGGGAUGAGAACAAGGUUGACUGGGUUGCACGAGCAUUCUGGGAACUGGUAACAGUGUGUGCAAAGGGACUGAGGCAGAGAGAAGCUGAGUUCUAGGGACAGAAGGAGGCACUAGGUUCUCAGAGCACUAUGAGCAAAGGCAAGAGAGGAUGAGAGAAAGCUACAAAGGCUGGUGAGGAUUCAGGGUGUGCACCACGAUCCUAAGAGCAGUAAGAAGCUCCCAAGUGAGACCCAAGAGAGGCUCAAAGUUAGGCAGGAAUAGGGGUGGGGAGGAGGCUUGCUCCUUGGUCCUGCCAACUAGACUUUCCCUCAGCCCUGUGCACAGCAGAUGCUCAGGGAAGGGUGAUUUGCCCUGCUCCCUGCCUAAGCUUGGGUGGUGGGCCACUGGUGUCCCCCUGAGCAGGAGCACAGAGACAUCCAAAGGUUUGGGCAGUGCUCUUGGAUCUGAGGGCAUCCAGGUGUAGCUGCAGGGCUAGAUCCUGGAAAGGAGUGGCCACAGAAGUCCUGGACUCCCUUCCCCACCACCCCAAGGGCCACUUUCAUUCCAUUUCUCCUCUGCCCAGACAACCUCAAGGUUGGUGUGAAGACCACCACAGGCUUGCCCCCUGCACUUUUAACUCUGGCCCCUGCUUUUCUUCUUCCCAGAGAGUGUAGUCACACUAUCUUCCAGCACUCCUGCCUGUCACUGUCCCUGGUUCCAAGGGGGGUGUUACCUCCCACUACCCUGCUAUAAAGCCAGCAUUGAAUAUGGGCUGGCACAUUCUCUGUGUCCUCUUCUGAGCACAUCACACAUCUCAUUGUAUCCCCAAACAGCAUCACAAAGCAGCUUUCCCCCUUACAGAUGAGGAGACCAGCCCUCAUGAAGGUUAACUUGCCCACAGUCACAUGCUGCUAUGGGCAGAGUAUAAACCCAUGUCCUGCUUUCAGCCUUGUACUUCCCUGUCUCCUUACUCCUAGGAGAGUCCACUCCAUUUACAACUUACAGAGUGAGGGAUGAACAGACAGGUGGACAUUCCCCAAGGGUAGGGAGCCCUGAGAAUCAAGCACCCUGCUUCUUAUUCUUUGAAGCCUCAGGUUCCCACAUGGUGUCUUAUACCAGAAGCUGCUAAGAAAGCUUGAAUGAAUGCUUUAUUUGAGGGGCUGAGGGGUAUUGAACCAAAGACAGUGGCACGGAGUUAGUUUCUUUUACUGCUCGGGUAGGAUUUCAUAGGCUGGGAAAGCACAUAGGCAUUAUUUCCUCCUUGGCGGAGUAUUCUGCCUGAGUAAAACGAGACAUCUCCUGUGAAACUUCCAGGAAGAUGAGCUGCAUUUCUCAGACGUGGCUGGGGCUCUCUGUAGUCCCCAAAGGAUGGGACUUUAAGCCUUCUGAGAAGUGAACACCUAUAUAGAAGAGGAAGCGAGAACUGAAAGAAUGGAUUGGACACAUGUUCCUGUACCCUGAGAGCUUCAGCACAGUCCUCAGCAGAUAGAGGCAUGAGAAAAAUACCAAAUAAUGGGAACCUGAAGAUGACAAAAGUGGCUUACCCUCUGGGGCUGUUCAUUUGCCUGUUCAUCUAUGUCGCCUAUAUCAAGUGGCACUGGGCCUCCGCCACCCAGGCCUUCUUCAGCAUCACUGAGGUAGCGUCUGGGGCCCGGAGGGGCCAGCAGGCUCAUAGUCCUCUGGGGACAGCUACACAUGGUCAUGAGGUUUUCUAUGGCAUCAUGUUUGACGCAGGAAGCACUGGCACCCGUGUGCACAUCUUCCAAUUCGCCCGGCAGCCUGGAGAAACUCCCACUUUGACCCAUGAGACCUUCAAAGCACUGAAGCCAGGUCUUUCUGCUUAUGCUGAUGAUGUUGAAAAGAGUACUUCGGGAAUUCAGGAAUUACUGGAUGUUGCUAAAAAAGACGUUCCUUUUGACUUCUGGAAGGCUACCCCCUUGGUUCUCAAGGCCACAGCUGGUUUACGUCUAUUACCAGGAGAAAAGGCUCAGAAGUUACUGCAAAAGGUGAAAGAAGUGUUUAAGGCAUCGCCUUUCCUUGUGGGAGAUGACUGUGUUUCCAUCAUGAAUGGAACGGAUGAAGGCGUUUCAGCGUGGAUCACCGUCAACUUCCUAACAGGCAGUUUGAAAACCCCAGGAAGGAGCAGUGUGGGCAUGCUGGAUUUGGGUGGAGGGUCCACUCAGAUCACCUUCCUUCCAAGAGUCGAGGACACCCUCCAGACCUCCCCGCCUGGCUACCUGACGUCACUCCAGAUGUUUAAUCAGACCUACAAGCUCUAUUCCUACAGCUACCUGGGCCUCGGAUUGAUGUCGGCACGGCUAGCAAUUCUGGGUGGCAUGGAGGGGAAACCUGCUGAGGAUGGAAAAGAGUUGGUCAGCCCUUGUUUGUCUCCAGGUUUCACAGGAGAGUGGCAACAUGCUGAAAUAACAUACAGAAUUUCAGGACAGAAGGCAGCAGUGAACCUCCAUGAGCUGUGUGCCAGCAGAGUGUCGGAAAUCCUUCGAAACAAAGUGCAUAGAACAGAAGAAGUGAAGGAUGUGGAUUUUUAUGCUUUUUCCUACUAUUAUGACCUUGCAGCAAAUGUUGGCCUCAUAGAUGUGGAGAAGGGAGGCAGCCUCGUCGUGGGAGACUUUGAUAUCGCAGCCAAGUAUGUGUGCAGGACAGCGGAGACCCAUCCUCCAGGCAACCCCUUUCUGUGCAUGGACCUCACCUACAUCAGCCUGCUGCUCCAAGAGUUUGGCUUCCCAGAGAACAAAGUGCUGAAGCUGACUCGGAAAAUCAACAAUGUUGAGACCAGCUGGGCUCUGGGGGCCAUUUUUCAUUACAUCGACUCCCUGAGAAGACAGAAGAAUCCAGCCUCAUAGUGGCCAAGCUGCCCCAGCCAUCCUUACAGAGCGGCUCCAUCUCCAUGAGAACAGACCUGUGUGGAACGCCUUGAUGUGUUGGGAGGAAGCCACUGCUCGGGCUGCCACCCCUUUCCCUUUGGCCUUGCAGACCUGCCCCUGGACAGGCAAAGGGCUAGAACGUGACCAGGCCUAGUGUCUCCUCCUGCCUCAGCCCCAGGUGGGCAGUAAACCAGACAGGACAAAGGGCACAUGUCAAGUUUAGUAUGACACAGGCACACCAUCCCCCAUCUCUCCCCUGUAUGCAGGGUUGGGGUGACUGUAACGUGUUUCUGUGACAGUCUUGUUUUGUCUCCCUGCCCCUGUCUGGUCCCUCCUCUCAUCCCCAGGGUGGACCUCCACCUUCUCCCCAGAGACUUGGUGGGGAGGUUUUACAGGCUGUUCUGGCUGCUUUCAGGGUGGGCCAAGUGGCAACCACCAUGUCCUCUGGGACAGUGAAUUGGGCGGACCUGAAUGCAUUGGCCUCCUCUUUAGUUAUGGACAUGCGAGGUCAUCCAGAGGUCUGUUUUCUCAGGUUCUUGGAUGGCUUGGGGCAAGCUGAUGAAGUUGGCCUUGUGAGUAGAAGAGGGCUGGGGGAAAUACCUCUGUGUGUCCCAGCUCUUCAGAGGAGGUCUGAAUGUGAGCAUGACCUGCUUACAAUAUUUAUGGCUGUGCUGUGUGAGUGACAUCUCUGUUGUGUGGUGCUGGGUGUUUGUGUAGCAGCUGUGUUCUGAGCCCCAGUGAAUGUAUUGCUACCAUGAGCCAUUUGCAGCUGAGCAGUGUUGAAGACACACACCAUCCCCCUGUGGGUCAGGUGGACUGCAGUCCCCAGAACUGCCUUCUUGAGGCUCUGCUGGGGUACAGGGCUAUGCCCAUUGUCUGGGGCCUCUGUAGGACACUGGCUCUGGGCCCUCUUGCAUCGGGAUGUGAAGUCUGUGAGACAUAGGCCCUGGGGCCACAGUCGUUCUGCAGUGAAUGUAUGGUAUAUGGAAUAAGCUGAACCUCAUGUGUUCCACUCAAAAUAAAGGGUUUACAAGGGUUUCUUCUCCAGUCACUCUUCUAGGUGAGCAUCAGCAAUGUUCAUCCCCUGGUGGAAAAGCCCCUGAGAUCCCUGUUUACUAUAGUUGAAACAAAGAACUGUCCAUGCCGGGUGACAGGUGGCACAUUAACUCUUGUCAGUGUGCCUCAUAAGCAGAAAACAGCAGAAAGGCAUAGGGAGGCCAUCCUCAGGCCAUCAUGCAUGCCCGUGGUUAUAGGCGAGCCCCUUGCCUUCCCAGCAGAGCUCCCCUCUUCCCUGGGACUGUGACCCACAGCCACGUGCAGUGUGGAGUUCUCAAGCAAAUGCUGUGCCCCAGCUUGCAGUGUGUUCUCUGAGGAUCUGGCUUUAAACUGGGACAGCUGGAAAGGGGUUGCAUGCCCCCCCUGGGCUGGGUGUGAGCAUAGGGUCUGGCCCCUCAACUACUUAGGGCCACUGCAGGACCAGGACCGAUGUGACUGCUGAAUGAGCCCAUGAGUGGAGGCCUGUGUUGGGGAAAGGGCUCUGCAGAGAGCUACAGGAGGUUAGUUUUACUCCUUACCUCCAAGAGCCCUUCGUCCCCAGGGGUGGAGGCAGGGAGGGAUCGAAGUGUAAAACCUUUGAUGUUGAAGUGCUGUGCCCACGGAGAUGGGGGAGCAGUUACCCCCUUUUCUGAGCGUCCUGAUUCUGUGGUCUGAUCGUCACUGGCCCAACUUCAGAAGGCUGGUGGAAGACCCCAGUACAAAAUCCACUGACAAGAUAAGGUUAAUCACCCUCUGCCCAGUGGUUUCCCCAGAAUUUAAACCCUGGGGCAGAGGUCUGGAGGUGUGCAUAUGACAUAAGCAGAAAAAGACAAAGAAGGGAAGGUGUUUUACCUAAAUAAAAAGCCACAUUUGCACUACAGCUAGGAAACCUUCAUUUGAAAAGGGCAAGAAAAUCCAACUACCAGCACCUCACCAUCCCUGCCUUGGCAGGGUUUCCCCAGCCUUUUCCUUCUAUAAUAUCUAACAAGUUAAAUAUUUAAGGAACUUCCAGAGGCCAUGAUCAAAUGUGUAUGAAGGUAAAAGUGAAAAUUGAUUUGGUCCAUUUAUAGGUUAGUGAUCUCACAUCUGAAAAAGUGGCAACAACUGGAAGUUUCCCAAAAGAUCACCAAAUAAGUCAUGGAAUAUUUUUAGUUCCAGCAAAGUACGCAAGUCAUUUUGCUGUGUCUUUUGUGAUUAUAAAGUAGGCUUUGUUUUUUAAAAAAGAAGUAACUACAUAUGCACCUCCUAACAUGUAAAAGUCAAACUAGAGAUACAGUAAGAAUUUUGUUCCCUCUGGUGUGCCCCACUUCACAUAAGCUGUGUGCAUCUAUGUGCUCAGAUCUUUCUAGCACGUCCCACACACCACCUCCUGCCCACAUGUCCUGCACUUUCCUGUUCUCACUCAGAACAGCUACACUGUUGAUGCACACUGAGCUGCCUCAGUCCUCCAGUGGCUGGUGUCAUCCAUAUGUCUGGAUGACAGGACCCCCGGCAUCAGGUUGUUUCCAGUACCACAUCCAUACGUGAGCCAUGCUGACAUUGCCAGAUCCAAAGGCAGGAAUGUUUUAAAUUGUGACCAUGUCAUCAGAUGGUAAUUUUCCUGUGCACUGGCCUAACUCAUGUCAUAUGUAUGUCUAAGAGCAUUUCUUUUUCUGUGAAACAUUUGUCCAUGUCCUGUGCCAAUUUUUCUGAGAGAUUGUGGUCAUUCUCUUACUAGAAGAAUGUUUAUACAUUAGGGAAAUUAGUCAUUGUGACAGAAUGUGUGGCAAGUUUUUUCCCAUUUUAUUACUUUUUGAAUUUAUGGUGUUUUUUUCAAUGCACAGUUUUACUGUUUUUAUGUAUUUAAGUUUAACUAAUUUAUAUUUUUAUAUAGACUUAUGAUGACUUCCAGGUUUUGUGUCAUAAUUAGAAAGGCUACCCCACUGGGAUAGUUUUCAAAGUUAACCAACAGUGUUGUUGUUUUUUAUGGUUUUUAUUUUAUUACUUUAAGAACUCCCAAUAUAUACUUAUGAAUACCCUCAGGCACAGUAAAUCAUUAUUUCAAGGUGGAUUUUAUUUUUAGAACCAUUUCAGAGUCCCUGAAAGGCAAAUGUGAUGUUCAAACUAGGGUAAUACCAUUUUGGGAUAAAAUCAAGGCUGGCAAUAAGGUAAUGAGCAAUCCCAGAAGUGUGCAGAAUCAUAGCAGUGUCAGGAAGAGUCUCCCAGGAAAGCCACACUGUGUGUGCAGUUUCUGGUAAGGUUGUUUUAAUGACUUGUUUGGAGAGCAUGAAGUGUGAGGAAUGAUUGAAGUCCCUGGGGCAGUUCAUCAUUGGGGAGGAAAACUCUUCUCUGCUCUCCACUCAGCCUUCUACUCUCGGUACUUUUCUCUGAUGCUAGAUGUGUCAGCAAUACUCCCACACCAACUAGGUGGCCUACAACUCAGUUCUGACACUAUCUACCUGGAGUUAGUGCAGACCACACAGGUGAAGGGCUCAGUCUUACAAGACUACCCCCACCCCUGCUUCAGGUACCAGUCACAAAUCCAGGUUGUCACCUGUGCUUCUGAAUAACUGGCUCUAAGUCAGUGGUUUUCAUGACCCUCUCCUCAGAUUUGAUAAUUUGCCAAAGAGGCUCACAGAAUUUAGGAAAAACAGUUGACUUACUCUUGUUGAUUUAUUGCAGAGAAUAGAUGGAAGAGACAUGUGGGGCAGGACAUAGGGGAAGGAUCCAGAGCUUCCGUGUCCUCUCUGGGCAUACCACCCUCCUAGCACCUCACAUGUUAAUUAAACCAGAAGUUUAAUUAAAGCAAGCAAUUCUUGAUCUCAGGAUCUCUAAACCCCUACUUGGGAUUUUUUAUGGAGGUUUUAUUAUGUAGGAUUGAUUAAAUAAUUGACCAUUAGUGAUUAGGUCAACCUCCAGCCUCUCUCUCCUCCAGAGGUCAGGGUGGGGGAGGCUGAAAGAUCCAUCCUUUUGAUUGCAUGGCUGUUUCUCCUUGGCAACUGUCCCCCUUCCCGUGGUCACCUAGGAGCUUUCCAGAAAUCACCUCAUUAACAUAGACUCAGGGGUGGUUGAAUGAGCUUAUGGGACCUGGGACCAAAGACCAAAUGUUAUAACAAAAGAUGCUCCCAUUGCUUUUAUGACUUAGGAAGUCCCCCUAGGGUUUAGGAGCUGUGGGGCCAAGAGCAGGGAUGAAGGCCAAAUCUGUGUUUCCUAUUACGAAUCACAAAAUCACAGUCCUGGAAAGAGGCUUUAUGGCCGAUGGGAAUCUGACAUCAUCUUCAAUAUUGUAAGGAUUGUGAGAUCCUGGACUUGCUUCUGUUGCUACAGAGGCCAGAGCUUAGACACAUGGGCACAAGUUACAGACCAUUUUCAGGUUUCUAACAAGGAAAGAUGUCCUAAAAGAAGAUAGGCUCUCUGUCAUAUACAUCCCCACCCUUGCCAGCACUCAAGGGUACUCAAGAAGGGAUCCCUGUCCAGAUAAGAGGUCAUAUCAGGCACUUCCAAGGCCUCUUUACUCUCAAGAUCCUUGAAUGCUCCUUGAAAAUUAUCUUGAAAGUUAUGAGCAGGUAAGCAUACUUGCACAUAAUGUCCCUCAGUUUUGAGUUGAAAUAACAAUGGCCUGUGUUGUGGAGUGUUUAGGUCAGGCAUGGAGCCAACUGCUUUUUGGAAUAGCCAGUGAUUGCACUGUCAUGGCAGCGCAUGGAGCACCGACUGGUCAAGGGGCCCUAAGGACUCAAGGUCAGCAAGUAAAGAGUGAAGGGCCCCACCCAGACCCAGAUCCAGAGGCUUCCAAACCCCAAAUUAGUGUGCCACAUUGCCUCCAAAGUUAGAGGUGGUAGAUUAAUUUUUCCUCCUUACAUUCGGCCUUGCAUGAAGCUAUUUAUCAAAAGCAGCUCUCUCCACUAAGGAAUCCGUUAUCACUGUAAUAAUGUGUUUUGUGAUAUUUAGAAAAGUAGUUAAACAGUCAAAAAAAUUAAAACUAGCUCCAGGCCUAACUGCCUCUUUAUCAUUUUGACAGCCUGAUUCCCACUUUUCUGUGUUAUUGAUUGGUGGAUAAAGGUUUCCGCUUAAGAGCAGCUCUGUAAAUCUUUGUGUCUGCCUCAGGAUUUACAUAGCACAGAGCAGACAUCCCCCUAUAUGGCAUCUUGUCUUUGAGAAGCCUCUAAAGGUCAGCAGAGCUCCAGAGCCUCAUUUUAAGGCAUGGAACACAGCAGUGGGAUGGCUCCAAACAGCUUCCAAGGUGUUAGGUGCUCAAAACAGCUGUGUGGUUCCCCAGAUCCAUCUGGAGGUCUGCUAGGCAUCAGAUGGUUUUGCAAGUAAAAAUGCCAACACUCAGAGGCCUACAGUGCUCAUCCUAAAGCAACAAGGAGAAGUGGGAAUGUAAACCAAGGUUUUCAGCUUUCCGGGGAUGAAGAGAUUUCUAGGACUCUAUACAUUGGAAUAUUAUUUGGCAGUAAAAAUGAGGUACGGACACAUGUUGCGACAUGAAUGAACAUGGAAAACAUUAGGCUAAUAAGUGAAAGAAGCUAGAUACAGAGAUCACAUAUUGCAUGAUUCUGCUUACGUAAAAUGUCCAGAAUAGGCAGCACCAUAGUAUGGCAAGCAAAAUUUGUAAAUAUUGCAAAAUGAUCACCAUGGUAAGUCUAGUUAUGAUCUGUCAUCAUACAUAGGUAAAAAAAAAUUUUUUUUGCAAUGAGGACAAUGCAGUAUUAUUAACUGUAGACAGUGUGCUAUACAUCACAUUCCCAUGACUUAUUUUAUAAUUUCUUGACCAUCCUUGCCCAUUUUGCACACCCCCUACCCCCUGCCUCUGGCAACCACCUAUCUGUUCUCUGUAUAUAUGAGCCCAGGCUUUUUUGGUUCUGUUUUUUAGAUUCUACCUAUAAGUCAGAUCAUAUGGUACUUGUCUUUGUCCGACUUACUUAGGAUAAUACCCUCAAAGUCCAUCCAUGUUGUCACAAUGGCAAGAGUCCAUUUUUUUAUGGACGAAUAAUAGUCCAUUAUAGAUAAUAUGCACAGACAGAUGUACACACCACAUCUUCUUUAUCCAUUCAUCCACUGAUGGACACAGGUUGUUGCCAGAUCUUGCCUAUUGUAAAUAAUGCUGCCAGGAACAUGGGGUAUAUAUAUCUUUUUGAGUUAAUGUCUCUGUUUUCUUCAGAUAAAUACCCAGAAGUGGAAUUGCUGGAUCAUCUGGUAGUUCUGUUUUUAACUUUUUGAGGAGCCUCCAUACUGUUUUCCACAGUGGCUGCACCAGUUUACAUUCCCACCAGCAGUGCAAAAUGGUUCCCUUUUCUCCAUGCUCUCUCCUACACUCAUUAUUUCUUGUCUUUUUGAUAAUAAGACAAUAUCAAUAAUCUGUCAUUCUGACAGAUUUGAGGUGAUGUCUCAUUGUGGUUUUGAUUUGCAUUUUUCUGAUGGUGACUGGUGAGGAUCUUCAUGUGUCUGUUGGCCAUCUGUAUGUCUUUGGGAAAAUAUUGAUUCAGAUCCUCUAUCAUUUUUUAAUUGGAUUAUUUGUCUUUUUUGCUAUGGGGUUGUAUGGUUUCUUUAUAUAUUUUGGAUAUUAACCCCUUAUCAGAUAUGAUUUGCAAAUAAUUUCUCCCAUUUAGUACGUUGCCUUUUUGUUUUGUUGAUGAUUUCCUUUGCUGUGCAGAAGGUUUUGAAAGACGAGUACACUGUAAGUUAUAAGACAUUGAAGGGAGAAAAUGAAAACACAAAUGGGAAGAUAUUCCAUAUUUAUGGGUUAGAAGAAUCAAUACUGUUAAAAUCUCCAUACUACCCAAAUCAAUGUACAGAUUCAAUGCAAGGCCUAUCAAAAUUCCUCACAGAAAUAGAAAAAACACGGGCGCCUGGGUGGCUCAGUUGGUUAACGUCUGAUUUCAGCUCAGGGUAUGAUCUCACAGUUAGCGGGUUCGAGCCCCAUGUUGGGCUCUGUGCUGACAGCUCAGAGCCUGGAUCCUGCUUCAGAUUGUGUGUCUCUUUCUCUCUCUGCCCCUCCCCCACUCACACUCUGUCUCUGUCUCUCAAAAAACUGAAUAAACAAAAGAAAUUUUAAAAGAGAAAAGUAAAUAGAACAAACACUCCUAAAAUUUGUACAGAAACACACAAGAACCCAAACGACCAAAGCAAUCUUGGGAAAGAAAAACAAAGCUGGAGAACAAAGCCCUUAUUUCAAACUGUAUUACAAAGCAGUAGUGAUCAAAACAGUUUGCUAUUGGCAUAAAAAAUGACACAUAGAUCAAUGGAGCAGAAUAGAGAGCCCAGAAAUAAACCCACAAUUGUAUGGUCAAUUGAUCUAUGACAAAAAAAACAAAAAUAUACAGUGGAGAAAGGACAGUCUCUUCAAUAAGUGGUGCUGAGAAAAUUGGACAGCCACACGCAGAAGAAAGAAACUGGACCAUUAUCUCACACCAUACACAAAAAUUAACCCAAAGUGGGUUAAAGAACAGAAGACCUGAGACAAGAAAACUAGGUGGUCAGCUCCUUGGCAUGGGCCUUGGUGAUGAUUUUUGGAUCUGAUUACAGAAGCAAAGGCAACAAAAGCAAAAUAAACAAGCGGGGCUAUAUCAAACUAAAAAGCUGUUGCAUAGCAAACGGAAUCCUCAACAAAAUGGAAAGGCAACCCUUAGACUUUUUCCUGUAUUGUCAUGGUGGCCCCUUAGACCUUUGGGCUAAGAGAAAAUCCCCUUCCUGGGGAGGGGUCAGGUCUGCUCCCAGAUAUCUGGUGAAUCCCUGGGUCCUGCAAGUUCUGAGUUUCUGGGGAGGGUCUCUUAACUGCCUACUGAGUAAUAAAAGGCUACCUGAAAGAAAGCAGGAGAACUGAAACACCCUGAGAAUAGGGAUACUGACCUUCCCUUCCCAUCCUCCAAAUUUCCUUGUGGAGCCAACAAUCCUCUUGUUUACUCAAUGGGAGUGCCUGGCCAGGACUCCACCCAAGCCAAACAGCAAGGUUAAACUGUCAACAAAGCAAAUAGGCUUUCUGCAAGAGUUCUUCACUUCCCUCUUAGAUGGAGUCUUCACAGUUGACUCAAAGCUUCAGCUGGAAUUCCUUUACACAAAGUGAAUUUCAGAAGGAAUUUGGUGCUGCUUCCUUGAGGUCUAGACUUGCAAAAGGCUGCCUGCAUGAUGGAAGCUGUGUUUGGUAUUUAAGAUCUUCUAAGCUUUUACUUCUGACCUAGUGAAUUUUUUAAAGAAUAUUUUUGUUGAGGUAUAUAUAGUAGAAUGUACAGAUCUUAAGUAUACAGUUCAAACAAUUUUGGCAAAACCAGCCAUGUGGCCCAUACCCUUAUUCUUUCACCACAGAAAGUCCCUAGACAAUCCCCCCACCCUUGGCACCUGGCAACCACUGUUCGGAUUUCCAUCACAACACAUAACUUUUGCCAGUUCUGGAACUUCAUCUAAAUGGAAUCAUACAGUAUGUGCUCUUUUGGGUCUGGCUUUCAGCUCAACAUGUUUGUGAGAUUCACCCAUAUCAACAUGCAGAUCAGUAGUUUAUUUCUUUUUGUUGUUGAGUAGUAGUCCAUUAUUUCGAUAUACAACACUUUGUAUCCUCCUUUUCUUGUUGAUUGCCACCUGGGCUGUUUCCAAUAUGGGGUUUAAUAAGGCUUCUGUGAACACUCUUGCACAAGUUA